AUGAGCAAAGUCUUGACUAGCGUUCUAGCUAUCCUGGCCCUGGGGACACUCAGCCUGGCGUUGGACGAGAACGCAGUGCGUUUGCAACGGUCGCUGAGGCGCAACGUGCAUGACUCUAGCUCAGAUCCAGCGUCUGUGCGCAAUCGCGUGGCGGCCAAAUACGCCAGCAAUGCGCUGUCGUACUUUAGAAACACGGGCAAGCAUCAUCCGAUCUACCAUGGAACCAUGCUCAGCAAGCGAGCGGGGUCGAGUGAGAUUCCGCUAGAGAGCGAGUCGGGCUGGACAGCCGAGGUUGGGAUCGGCAAAAGCGUACAGACGUUCAACAUUGUAUUUGACUCGGGCUCCGCAGAUAUGACCAUGAACACAGGCACAUAUGAUCCAGCAAAGUCGACCACAUCGAAAAAUCUGCAAAAGACGUUCAGUUCGAACUACAUGGGCGGCAAAGCCGAUGGCAACAUUUUCUCGGAUCAAGUGCUACUCGGCCAUGUGAAAGCAAAUGAUGUGUCGAUUGGGCAGGCAACCGAACAGUUCAUGCCUGGUGGCGACCAUGUACAAGGUGUCAUAGGACUGUCGUUUCCGAGUCUCAGUGCGUUUGGCACAUCCAGCCACACAUUUCCCGAAGCGCUUCAACGAGAACAAGAUAUGGACCAAAAUGUGUUUCAGUUCAAUUUGCGCGACAGCGAUCCAUCUCUGAUCAUCGGGAAAACGGACGAAUCUGAAGUAGAUGGUGGAUUUGGUUGGAUCGACGUGAGCAGCCAGGACGGCUAUUGGGUAGUCGAUGCCGAACUGAACGGGAAAGCUGUCAAGGGCAUUGUGGACUCGGGCACAACAGUCAUAAUUGGAAACAACGACGAAGUGAAAGAAGUCCUCGACAAGCUCGAUCAUGUUCGUGUCACAAAGUCAGAACGGGGUGAGUAUCAGGGCACGUUCCAGUGCGACAACCCACCACGCGUCAGCAUCAAUAUCGCUGGCAAGGAAGUGAGCAUGAGCAAAGAGGCGCUUACUCUGGCAACUGAUGGCACGAAUUGCCAGAUGAGCAUGUUGGGUAUGAAGGGUUUGAACGGAUGGAUUCUUGGUGAGAGCUUCUUCCAGGUCGCAUCCGUGGUGUUGGACUUUGAUACACCGCGCAUCGGUAUUGGAAAGUUGAAGUAG